AUGCAGCGAUGCAAGUCUGAAGCAUUGCGUAUCCGUCAGCGCAAAGGCCUUCGCCACCGCAAAAAGGGACAUAGCUCAUGCCAGCAUGACUGCUGUACAUCGGGACCUCGUCAGAAGAAACGCGUUGUUAAGGAGAAGACCGCUGGAUAUGAAUCGGAAACCGAAGAUCUAGCCAAGAGAUAUGAUAAUGAAGUUCUCGGAAUUGAGACCAAAGAAUCUAGCGACGAAGAGUUUUCUCCAAAUGUACCGGAAUAUGACAUCACCAAAAUGGAUCAGGCUUCUAAAGAGGCCCGAGAGGCUGAGUGGAACAUAAAAUGUCAGAAAUCCAAGGACUACGUCCAGCGAUAUAUUCACGGGACCUUGGUAAGCCCAGAACGUCGGCAUUCAAGCGAUCCGUCCACCGACUCCUCCGAGAUCCGCCGUGAAAUCGAGGAGCGAGCACAUCGCAUUGUCAUUAACUAUGAAGCUCUGCACGAAAUAUUACUCCGUCACCAGCCAACUAUACAAGCUCGUUGGACCAAGAAACGCCCAAGCCAAAAACAAAAGGUCUUGCAUGAACUAUGGGCGAAUAUGCCAGAAAAGCAUCGUCCUGAGUUCUAUGCCUUUCGCUGCGCAGGAGCUCAGAAGCGGAAUAAAAAAUACAGAGACUGGUAUAUGUGGCCUUAUAUCAAUAAGCAGGAUCUAACUGCGCGAGAUUCUUUGCUCCUAUUGAUCAAUUCACGCGCAUUUCACACCCCCUCUAAUUUUGUGGACGGUGAUUUGGCUGCGAUGAAAUUCGGGUUGGAGAUGGGAAUCUUGAAAUCAGUCCCCCUGCCAGGAUAUCGCAUGACCCUCUUGGAUUCUGAGAACAUUGAAGACUAUGGAAGGCUGGUCGAUAUAUCGACAUAUUCAGAAGGGGAGAUUUUAUGUCUUGACGAGAAGCGGAUCAGCCCGUACUAUGGCAUUCUCAUCCUAGAGGCACAAGACAGACUCAUGGAGUUUCUGGUAAAUUGCUGCAAGAAAAUAUUGCACGACAUUCCGGAGGACACUUUAAUCUCAGAUGAGUUCCCAAUUAUAGCCGACACACCAAAGCUGUUGAAUAACAGCGAUUUAUAUGAUCCUGCUAUAAUGGCAGCAGAGGCCCCUUACAGAGUCCCGGCAAGACCCAACUUCAAGCAAAUCGGAUUACUGCUUGGUGCCAAAGUGGCAGAACUAAAGGAUCGUGUCUCGAACUUGCGUGAAGAUCCGAUUUGCUUUGCCAUUGCCAUGCAGGUGAUGAAAGACCAUUCACCAAAAGAGUUGGAAGGGCAUAAGGGUUCUUACUUUCGGCCGUGCGCAGGACAUGAUUUUACCAACGGUCUACAGUUUCUCAUUUCAAAGCUCUACGCCGACUUUGAGUUCUUUGCGGACUUGUAUGAGCAAGUUCAACAACUGGAAACGUUACACGCCAAAUAUGAAGCAGACGUCCUGCCGUUCAAAGAUGUACCCGACGAGAUUUUGUCGGCACUAUACAAGUAUCAGAUGCGCCUUUGGGAGACGGUAAAUAUUAGACGAUCGGCUCUCAGAGCAGUCGUGCAGAACUCUCCCGAAUGGUUCCGGCAUUUUACUGAUGGCCGUCCAAGCCUAUCUUCUUUCCGAUCCGACCUAGUGAAUUAUAAGUCGAGUUCAGUUCGCCGCCACUUGGUAUGGCUGCUUCAGUGUGUAACUGAAUUUGACCCAAAGUUACCCAGCCUUGCCAAUGCUGUUCAUUUGAUCUUACCUCUGAUCAUGGAUGAGAUAGAGACUCUUCGAGAAAAUGAACCAGAGGCAUGGGAGCUUACAUCUUCCCUUACAGGAGAGAUUAUAGACGAGCUUGCAAUCCUUGCGCAGUGUAUGGAGCAAGUCGAUAUGUAUCUUCGACGGACAAGAAGCUACAAACGCUGCGAUGAAGAAAAAGAGAACAAAUGUAUUCAUCAACUUACCAAAGACAUGGAUCAUAUUUAUUCUCUCCUCCAAUUAGAGGGUCAUCUUUAUGAUGAGAUCGUCGGAUUGGCCGAUACUGCCACUAGGAAACUGAUAUAUCCUUGGGAUAAACGCCGGACGAAAGAAAACGUGCAGGCGAUGCAGAAGGCUGAACGGGACUUGGAUAAGUUCUGGGACGCAGCCGAUUCAGCCAUGUUUGCCGCAAUUGAAAAUUUCCGUGAAUCGCUACUCGGGCAAUACAUAAUAAGUGUACAAGAGAACCUUCGACGGACGCCUGAUUGGAUUGAGGAAGAACAAUCUAUAAUACCAAGGGCUGUCAGACAAAGAAAUGCAAGUCAAGAAGAGACUGAGAUCUACAGGCCUCCCUUUGCGCCCUGCGAUGACCAGAGUGGCAGUCUAAAAAAGUUGAAGCAAGAGGGUCGUCAAUGCGUUCAGGUCAAGGUCAAGACGAAAGGACAAGCACACAAAGCUGUUAUGCCAACUGAUGCAAAUCCUUCUAAAGAGGUUAUACCUGAAAUAAACAUCGUCAUGCCUGUGGACACACGAGCACUGAAGGUUUUCCGUGUUCUCUUCUACAAUCCAGAUGUGACUUCUUCACCAGGUGAGGUUCCAUGGAAUGAUUUUAUCCACGCCAUGGUCUCUACAGGAUUUUCUGCACAAAAGUUGCAGGGAUCAAUUUGGCAAUUUAACAGGGUGAAUGAUGACAGACAACAGACGAUUCUGUUCCACGAACCUCAUCCGCACAAAAAGUUGCCUUUCUACGUUGCACGAUCCAUGGGAUGGAGAUUGAAUAAGCAUUUUAAAUGGUCUUUGGAGAAUUUCGAGCUGAAAAAGAAACAGGUAGAAGGUUUGCAGUAA